GUGCGCCGGCUAUAUAUACACUACCCGUUAUAUCAAAAUCAAUCCCACAGUUAAGCCAAUUUUCCCUCUGAAGCUUUCUCAAUGGCUUCAAUGGCGUCAAUGGCUUCCAUCGCGUCUUCUAGCCCUUAUUGUUCCUGCAAGCAUCUCACAAAUGUACGUUUACGCUACGCUUCUACUUCCACCUUCCCCCGUGUCCUGUGUCACCAGCAGCACCAAAACCGCGACAAAUCCGCAGAUAUUAUCAAUAGAAGGGAAAUUGUGCUGCGGAGCAGCGAAUUAGCUGUGCUUGGAGCGAUUUUUAACUUGAGUGGAAAAAAGCCUGAAUAUCUUGGUGUGCAGAAAAACCAACCAAGUUUGGCACUGUGUCCAGCAACUAAGAACUGCAUAUCUACUUCAGAAAAUGUCAGUGAUCUUACCCAUUAUGCUCCACCAUGGAAUUAUAACCCAGAAGAAGGAAGAGGCAAGAAAAACCCUGUAAGCAGAGAAGUGGCAAUGCAGGAACUUAUCCAAGUGAUUAAAUCAACAAAACCCGACAAGUUUAAGCCGAAGAUAGUAGAGCAGAAAGACGACUAUUUACUAGUGGAAUACGAAAGUCCCAUAUUAGGGUUUGUGGACGACGUCGAGUUUUGGUUUCCACCAGGCGGGAAGUCGAUAGUAGAAUACCGAUCAGCAUCCCGAAUCGGAAAUUUCGAUUUCGAUAUCAAUAGAAAGAGGAUCAAGGCUCUGAGACUGGAACUAGAGAAGAAAGGAUGGGCUCCAGUAGACAGCUUUUAAGAUGGAUGGGCUCCAUUAGAAGACAGCUCUUAUAAACUUUUGUUCAUUACAUUUUUUUAUUUUAUUUUUCUAUACAUAUACGAAGCCUUUUUUUUAAUCCUAAAGUAGCAUAAAAAAAUCCCCAAAGCUACAAGAAAGAUUGAGACUACAACCGCUACUUGCCUAAUAGUACAACACCUUCCUCCAUGGCCAUCUGCUUCUGAGUGAGCCUCAUAGAAUCUACAUUUGAGAAAAAUAGCAACAGAUGAGUCUUAGAACAACUAGUUCCAUCAUAUUUGUCUAUGUCAGACAUCGUCGAACUUUUUGGAGAUUUUUCCUCUGGAAAAAUGGUCAAACUUGGAUUCAAAAGAGAGUACUUGGAUUCUCUCAAUAACUAAAAAGUGUAUCAUACCUAAAUCUAAUUAGAGUUCGUAGUGGUGAAGGAACUGGAUCGAAGAAAAGAUAGAUUUCUUGAGGAAAUUCCUCAAUUGUGAUGGAAAUGAUGUGAAAUAUUAUAUGGGGGAUAGUUUUUUUUUCCGGCAAUCCCUUCAACAGUAGCACGUCAAUUUGUUCAUAUAAAGGGGGCCUAAAAUUGGCCCCACAAGCUUGUAUUUGCAUCAGUGCACCAUUGAUGUCUUUCUCUAAAUCAUAUAUUUGUUAUUUUUUGUUGUUGUAAUGAGGUUCUGCCACAAAAUUUAUCCAAAUUGAACUAAUUGAAUGAUUUGUAGUUCUGUACUGAAAAUCGAGCUGAUCAAAAAGUAUAGUUUAUAACAGUCAAAUUGACUC